GUUAAAUUUAUUGUACGUAAAUAACAAACUCGCUUGUCGCCUUUCCCCCACAGAAGACGCAACCAAGAAAGUUCCACAAAAAAGGGGCACCACUCGCGUAAAACGUACCUGCGGUUGGAAGUGUUAGAAGUGUUCUGCUUGCCGUAAACACAAAAGCACCCUGCGUACAAUGGAGACGGCAGCCGACGAGCCUGCUGCUGCGUCGAGUGGCACGAGCAUAAACUUCCUGGACCUUCCCGACUGUAUGAUAGAGCAAGUGCUGGAGUACCUAUCGUACGACGAGAUUGCCAAGAAGCGCAUUGUGUGCCGCAAAAUCGAUCGCAUCUGCCAGUCGCUGCUGAACCGAGGCUUCAUCAAGAUGAUCCGCAAGCACAACAUGAACCUGAAGGCGAUCAAAUCGCAGCUACCGCGCCGUGAAUCCGAGCGGCGGAACCACCCACUGUCCAAGCACUCCGACAUCCUCACCUGCAUCGAGACGCGCAUCUCGAUGCUGUCCAUGACCUACUCGAAGUUCAUCGAGAAGGAGCUGUGCUGCUUCAUUCCGGGCAAGGUGAUCGACGAGGUCCUAAACAUACUCGGCCUGAUCGAGAACACGUCUCGGCCGCUGCGGGCGCACGAGGUGCUGCAGGAGCUGCGCGACAUCUCGUCCAUGGCGAUCGAGCACUUCGACGAGAACAUUGCGCACCGGCUGAAGAAGAUCAUCGGGGUGCAGCACCACCCGAAGCUGGGCGGCCAUCACAAUCUGCCGUUCCCGGCGGCCGCCUUCAUACAGCACGAGGUAAUGCUGCCGUGCGACGUCAACGGCGACAAGUUUGUGAUACCGACGCUGACGCCCAUCUCGCCCAAAGCGCAGAAAGUGCUCCCGUCGUCGUCCUCCUGCGCCUCGGGCACCUCGCCAUCAGCUGCUGCGUCACCGUCGCCGUCAGCAUCGUCCGCCUCGUCGUCGGCGGCCGGUUCACUGGCCGGCCUCUACUGCCAGAGCUCGUACAGUGCGAGCUGCGAGAACAAUGGUUCGAUCGCGCGCAUCAACCACAAAACGCGCAAGAUGCGGUACGACAUCAACCGGAUCGAUCAUAACAUCUCCUCGUUUAAGGCGGAAAUGCGCAACAUGCGCCUGCUGCUCGUGCGGUACGGCGGGGAGAUUAAGGAGCUACGCCGCCGGCUGGACGAGUCCGAAACGAAGAACCUGGAACUGCUGGCCAACAUUAAUCAGCUCGGGUUCGGUGCGCCCUCGGUCGAUGGCCCGGAGCGGCGGACGGAAUCGGCGGCAGCGGCCACGAUCAAGCAGUGCAGCAUUAAACCUCGCCCGGCGGCCAGCAUGCUGAAGCGGCUGUACCCCGACACAGAAUCUCACUCAUCCAGUUCCACUGUUGUGCCAUCGUCAUCAUCGUCAUCAUCAUCGCAGGAAGGGAAUGAAGCGGAGCCACAGGCACAAGAUCACGAGGGUGGAUCAAGCGCUGCCAAGAAAGUGAAGCUAAGCGAUUAGACAAUCAGCGACACCCUAUUACUAAUUCCUCAUCAGCCCCUUUUUCCCUGCAUCUCCGGGAGCAAUUGGAAACCCAUGACCGCUUCUGAACUCACUACCAGCAGAAGCCGGCUGUACUGGGUUUUGCCACUAAGGGUGCGGCAAUAUAUGUAUACUAACGUUCUAGGCUUGUAAGGAUUUCCUCCCCUCCUAUACACACAUCCCAUCUAUAUAGCGCCUCCAAAAAAAUCGCGAAGCAAAAGGAAACCACUAAACUAAACAUUACCUCGUAGAAAGCGGCAGUAGGCAGCCACGCACGCGCCAUCGUGUCGGUGCGCUAAGGAGGAGGAACAUUACGCAAUAAUACGAUGAUUAAGGUUUGUUCACAGUCACCAGGGGGCACACACACGCACACACAUACACAUUGGUAUUCUAGCCGUGCUUGUUUUCGCGUAUAUACGAGUCUUUCUUUUUCCACCCCUUCCCCCCCCCAUUUCCGUAGUUAAGAAUAGAAACGCCAAUGCAAAAACUUACUACUUAUUAUAUCCACGAAUUUAAAGCCUAUCUCAAACUGAAUGCUUUUUGCGUAUCGUUUCGGAAAUGUACAUAAAAUAACAGAUAUACGAGAAGGUGUCGCGUGCGCGUGGCUGCAGUUACCCGGAACACCACGUUUGCGUCGGGUGAGAGCGAGAGAAUGAAAGAGAGAGAGAGAGAGAGAGAAAGAGAGGGAGAAAGCCGGUUAAAAAUGGUUAAUAAAACUGAAACGUUUAUCCGCGCAAAUGUGCUUCGAAAAAUAAAAGGGUGUUGUU